AUGUCCAAAGAAGCGGCCAUGUUCCAGGCUGGAGACCUGGUGGCAUACAGUCAGUCAACCGGCCAUAAUCUCCUCCUUGAGGAUCUCCGACUUCCGUCAGAUUUUGUCUGGGGCACCGCCACUGCCGCCUUCCAGAUCGAGGGUGGCAUUUCCCAAGAUGGAAAAGGGAAGUCGAUUUGGGAUGUGUACACCCAUCUCGAGCCGUCAAGAACAAAUGGCGAGAAUGCCGAUGUAGCAUGCGACCACUACAACAGGGUAGCCGAAGAUGUAGAACUCAUGUCCUCCCUCGGCGUUGACGUCUACCGAUUUUCUCUGGCCUGGACACGCAUAAUUCCUCUCGGGGGACGCAAUGACCCUAUCAACGAAAAAGGUGUCGCUUUCUAUGACGAUCUCAUCAACCGACUCUUGGCAAACAACAUCGAGCCUGUGGUGACUCUUUACCAUUGGGAUCUCCCACAAGAGCUCUACGAAAGGUACAAAGGAUUACUCGACACAGCUGAGUAUAGAGCUGAUUUCCAGAACUACGCCCGGAUCUGCUUCUCUCGGUUUGGCGAUCGAGUCAAGAAAUGGGUGACCUUCAAUGAGCCCUAUAUUAUCUCGAUCUUCGCGCAUCACAGUGGCGUACUGGCGCCAGGCCGCUGUGCUGCCAGUGGUGCCAACACCAAGACAGAACCUUGGCGCGUCGGUCAUACGAUCAUUUUGUCUCAUGCUUCCGUGGUACAAGUUUAUGCGGAAGAGUUUCAACCAUCUCAGAAAGGAGAAAUAUCGAUUGUUCUCAACGGACAUUUUUACGAACCUUUUGAGGAAGGCAAUCAGAACGACGUAGAAGCCGCUCAACGCAGAAUGGAGUUUUACAUUGGCUGGUUCGGAGACCCAGUGUUUCUGGGAACAGACUACCCAUCCUCAAUGAGAGCAUACCUCGGCUCGCGCCUCCCUGAGUUUACGGCGGAAGAACGUGCUCUUCUUCGGAAGACUGCCCCAAUCAACGCAUUUUAUGGUAUGAACCAUUACUCUACCAAGUACGCGCGUGCUCUGCCAGACCCCCCAGCAGAUGAUGACUGGACUGGCAAUAUCGAAGAGACGUCAGUUAACAAGCAAGGAGUGGAGAUUGGACCCAUGUCGGGCGUCCAGUGGCUACGGCUUGCGCCAGAAGGAUUCCGGAAGUUAUUGAACUGGGUGUGGAAUCGGUAUCAGCUUCCCAUCAUAGUCACGGAAAAUGGGUGUCCCUGCCCCGGUGAAAUUGAUGUCGAUGUUGCGCGGAAAGAUCACUUCCGUCAGAGAUACUUUGGCCUCUACCUUGACGCUAUAUCUCGCUCCAUUUAUGAAGACGGGGUCAGAGUAGAGGGUUAUUAUGCUUGGAGCCUUAUGGAUAAUUUUGAAUCGGAGAGCCGCUUGAGUUCAAUGAUGACUCUUAGAGGUGUCCUGGAGCUCCAAAGAUGCAUCGCCAAAGCCGUCGGCGACUUUCAGGCGGGAGACUUCACACCGGAUGGCAAAAAUGUUAUCGUCAACGUGGUCUUCACCGGCGCCCCUACAGCUCCCAACCCUGCAAGCAUCUACGAUGGGGAGCAUGUUCUUCUCAUCAAGGCAGAUGGCACCAACUUCACCAACGGCGAUCCAUGGAAGUGUCUGAGCUGCGGUGUUCCCGCCGUCAACGCCAUCUCUCUUGACCCACAGAAGGACUACCCUCACGUCUUCCGCAGCGGCGACAAGGCGCUUUGGGGUCACAACAUUCUGGACUGUGGCGGGGCGCCUCUGGAAAGCGAUGCAUGCACCCCGAACAAGACACACAUCUACCCGAUCCACUGGAACACUGCAGCCGAUGGCUCGGGGAAGGGCGGCAGUCCUCGCGAAAUGCGCCUGCACCCAGACGACGUUCACAUGGGAUGGAGCUCUUUCACCAGUACCGGCGGUCAAUUCGCUUACACUGGCCGCCUCAAUUUCAACGCUGAGCCAACUGUGGGCGAACCACUCGCCCCUCGCUAUGAUCUCGUCGACGUGAAUUUGCUCUUCGACCCUACGCGCGCGAACCCCAUCACAACCAAUGGCUCCGAACUCAUCAUCCACAACAAUGCUAUCGCCGUUGGCGAGCUGCGCGGUUUCAGCGGAAACGGCGAAGAGAUCACCUAUAUUGGCAACCCCGUUGAGUCAACCAACAUCGACGUCUUCGCCGUACAUGUACAGACGGGCGCCGUCCGCCGCCUCACUAGCCACCCAGAAUACGUGGAUCCCAUGGCCUUCUCUGCCGAUAACGACUGGUUCGUUGCCAUGGACACGCGAGGUACGAACCGCCAGAUGUGGAUGUCCGGCAUGCGUGGGAUCCCGCCCCUGAUCGACCUCGUUGCUGUGACUGUAGCCGCCUCCACUCGCAACAACGGCCCCCGUCGCUUCUUCCAGCCAAUCUUAAUCGAUCGCUACGGCGAUCGCGGCGACUAUUAUGGUCAGCGGAUCAAUGCUGCGGGGGUCGAGAGCGGCAGUGCCAUCAACGACCCGAACUGGAAUGGCAGAGCGGACCCGGCCUUCUCCUUGGACGGAACAAAGAUUACGUACUGGCAGGCUCUCGUGGUCUCCCCUUCAUGUGGUGGUGCGAAUCCCCUUCCUUGCCCCGAGUCUACGGCCCAAGGAGGCAGGGAGUAUCGCUUGAUGUUGGCUCAACGGAUUGGUCGCGAGGCUACCGCGCCGGCGCCAAUUUACAAGAUUCCGGACGUGAUCCCUUGGGCCACGCCAUUUCCUCCGGGCACAGCUAUCCCGGAGUCGCCGUUCACGGUCGAGCCAGGCAACUAUACACUCCGUGGGAAGGUUUCUGGUAUUGCUGGUGUAAGCAUUGCCCCGGACUCUACUAAUGUGAGCGGGCUGGGCAGCGUUGCAGUGAACUACACCAACUACUCGGAUGAUGGGGAGCACAUCCUGAAUGGCUUUGAGGACGUCACGGUGAAGAUUCUUCUCCCCAACUUCUGGACGAAUCAGGUUGACUGGGUUUCUGAUAUUGUUCAGACUGGGGUGGUCAAUGGGACUAAGAAGACUAGCGAGGGGGGUUUUCACUUGAUUAUUGACGCGGAGCUGAACUUAUUCAACGCGAGUGGGACUUUGGUCACCACCAUCGACGGUGUUGAGUAUAAGCAGCCUGCUAACGGUACUUGA